AUGAGUAACGUGGUGGAUCGCGACCUCGAAAGGGCCGAGGUCGACGCCAACGGCCAGCGUCGAUCCUCCGAAUGGGGAGAUGAGAAGCCUUCCAAGCCCACCGGGGCUGCCCGGCCCUCGACAUCGGGAUCGGUAUCAACCAUGUCCUCUUCGGGCUCCAGUAGCUCGGUCGAGUACAAUCCAAAUGUGCAUCGCCUCCAAUCGCGAAAUACAGAGGUCGAUCUGGAGCGUCGGCGAUCAAGUCUGUCCCAGGCACUCAGUCGCAUUGAGACGCAACGGCUGCAACAUUCCAUGACGGUGGGAGAGAGUGUCAAGUCGCGACCUUCUAAGCUUCCCCUGCCCCCAAUGGGUGCGGGCAAGCCAUAUCCGCCUCAAUUACCAGAUCGAGAGGAUUACGUGGUGGAGUUUGACGGGCCCGAUGAUCCUUUGUACCCGCAGAAUUGGUCCUUCACAACAAAAGCCUGGACCGGCGUCAUGCUUGCAUUCACCAGUAUCUGCUCAACCUUUGAUUCGGCAAUCUUUAGCGCCUCGACAAGAAGCGUGGCCUCGGUAUUUGGUGUGAGCGUCGAAGUAGCCACGUUGUCGAGCUCUCUCUAUAUCUGCGGAUAUGCCACCGGGCCGUUGAUCUGGGCUCCCCUGUCUGAAUUGAAAGGUCGUCGCCUGCCUAUUCUCAUCGCCAUGCUGGGGUUCGGCAUCUUCAACAUCGGUGUGGCUGUGGCCAAGGAUCUGCAAACCGUCAUGAUUUGCCGUUUCUUCUGUGGGAUCUUUGGCAGUUCCCCCCUUGCUGUCGUCGCUGCCAUCUUCUCUGAUAUCUUCAACAAUCGCACUCGUGGUAUCGCCAUCGCCUGUUUCUCGAGUACUGUGUUCCUGGGUCCUCUGCUCGCCCCCUUUAUUGGAGGAUUCAUCAACAUGUCCUAUCUCGGUUGGCGUUACACGGCGUACAUCCCGGCAUUCAUGGGAUUCGCUGCCUUUUUGAUGAAUCUCUUCUUCCUCAAGGAAUCCUACCCUCCCGUGGUUCUGGUAGACAAAGCCUCCGAGUUGCGCCGUCGCACCAAGAAUUGGGGCAUCCAUGCCAAGCAGGAAGAAAUUGAAGUUGACCUGAGAGAUCUGGUGAUCAACAACUUUUCCCGUCCGCUACGGCUAUUGAUCAAGGAACCUCUGAUUCUCGCCGUGACCGUUUACCUGAGUUUCAUCUACGGCUUGCUCUACUGCUUCUUGACUGCCUAUACCCUCGUUUUCCAAGGCGUUCACGGAAUGAACGCUGGAGUCGGUGGUCUGCCUCUUUUCGGCAUGGUCGCGGGUCUCUUCAUCGCUGCUGCCUACAUCAUCCUGACCAGUCCAGCAUACAAUCGCAAGCUGGAAGCGAAUGGCGGUGUCCCGGUCCCAGAAUGGCGACUGCCUCCAGUCAUCGUGGGAGGUGCUCUGUUUGCGGCCGGGCUGUUCUGGUUCGGAUGGACUGGAUUCACGGAUAGCAUUCAUUGGAUCGUUCCCACCCUCAGUGGACUGUUCACUGGAUUCGGUCUCUUGAUGAUCUUCAUCCAGCUGUUCAAUUAUCUUAUCGACACAUAUCUUAUGUUUGCCGCUUCCGCCAUUGCCGCCAACACCUUCUGCCGUUCACUCGUGGCAGCUGGCUUCCCUCUGUUCUCGCGACAGAUGUUCAACAACCUUGGCAUUCAAUGGGCAUCCACAUUGCUCGGCUGUCUCGCCGCCAUCCUGGUUCCAAUUCCGAUCGGAUUCUACUUCUUCGGCAAAAGACUCAGAAUGAAGAGUAAAUUUGCGCCGUUUUUUGAGCCGGCCAAUGAGUCGACGGCCGUGGAACCCGAUGAUGCGGCUGAAGAGGGGAACGUGGAGCGUCCUUGA